UCUAAAUUAUAUAUCCUCGAUCACUUCUAGUCAGCUUUGACGCAACUCUCCUCAGCUAACGCGUCUUUUUUAAGUGAAUAAAACCCUUGUCACCUGACCUGAAUACUGCACGCUAAUUCGCUAAAACAUACUUAUCGGUUUCUGUACACAAACAUCAAGGGCGUUUGUCGGUUUCUGCUGUAAAAUGUGAACUGGUGAUGCCUUGACAGUGGACAAUACCGGCUUUUCUGACAAAACGUAUUUAGAGUUCAGAACGUGCUAUAUGUGGAAAAUAACGCACGGCAGUUUUUUCUUUCUUUUUUUUUUUUUUAAGUGCCGUUUAUCGGUUUUUGCAAAUGAACUUUUCAAGUCUUGAAGCUUUGUGUGACAAACAGGCCAGAUUUUAUGCAAAAUCUUAUUUUUCGGUGAACUAAAAUGAUCUCUUAAGUGCUAAGUGAUGCUAAGUGUUCCCAAAUAAGACAUUUAAAUAAAUCAAAAUUACGAUGACUGACGAUAUUCGUUGCAUUGGUUAUACUGGAGCUCAGUGCAUUUGUUAUGGCUGACUGACAAGAAGAAGAAUACUUAACUUGGAUGCGCCUCCGCUCAGCUCUUGGAACUGAACGCUUUUCUGUGUAACAUUCCAGAUGAUGGACCCUGCGAUCUUUGGAAUAUAUUUAUUGCAAAUCUUUAAGGAAACAAUGAAAAUGGAUAAAACACACUCAAGUCAACCGGUCCCACUCUGUCUGACUUUCAUGCUAAUCACUGCACAUUUCCUUACGCCCCCCUUCAGCAUGCAAACUGGCCUUUCAGACAAGCUCUCACCUGCAGAGUCUGGCUAACAUCACCGGAAUUGCUCUCUCCCAUAUGAAGCAUCGUUACUGCAAAUGAGAUAUAUCACAUUAUACUGCUGGAACAAAUGCACACAUUUCUGCAGAGCUCAAUUCGCACCUCCCCUUUACUCAUGCACAGACACACUGAGGGUUUGAUAUUAUUAAUCCCAAGUUCAAGAGCAUCUUGACGUCAGCGUGUACUCAGGUGGGGUUACACCAUCAUCAGCCCUUGAGACCUGCAGCCUUGUGCCCAAUUUAGAGCUGUAACUAGGAGGGUCCCCUCAUCUAUUGUGUGUGAUUGUGUGAAAGCGAGAAGGGGUGUGGCAUACACAACUACCAUUAGACACAUAAAUUCAUGGGCUUUACUCUCAUCCAGGUCCGUGUCUCAUUCUCACAGGAUAUUGGAUGGUGUAUCUUGGGUCUCAAGACUCCUCUGCCAACAUCCACUUUUUAUUUGUCUUUGUCAGAGAUUUAUUGCCCUGGUAACAAGACUGUGACGGCUGCAGGUGUUGAAUGCACAGAGAACAUCAGAGAUUUGGUGAAUCCAGCUGUUAUGAAGGUGGAUGACGCAGGGAUAUCCAGACACAAGCCCUGCAGGCCGACCGAGAGUAGAUGUGCACUGAGACUUGCAAUAAUAGUGACGUUCCGAAGGACUGGAUUGCUGAAACAACACAGUGUUUACCAGAGGCCACUGGACUGCACACAGCCAGGGAAGAACAUGGACUACCUGUGGGGGAUUGUACUGCUGCUGUGGGCUCUCGGGGUGCCGGAGAGAGGAACCGACGCACAGAGGAGCAAGAACAACAUACCCCGGCUCAAACUCUCGUAUAAAGAAAUGUUGGAAUCCAACAACCUGCUUACUUUCAAUGGACUGGCCAACAGCUCUGCCUAUCACACCUUUUUAUUGGAUGAGGAGAGAGGUCGGCUUUUUGUGGGGGCAAAAGACCAUGUGCUGUCCUUCAACUUGGUGGACAUCAAUAUGGACCAGCAACUGAUAUCUUGGCCUUCUUCACCUUCUCGACGAGAUGAAUGCAAGUGGGCUGGGAAGGACGUCCAGAAGGAGUGCUCUAACUUCAUAAAGGUUCUGCAGCCGUUUAAUCAGACGCACUUGUAUGUGUGUGGAACAGGAGCCUUCCAUCCCGUCUGUGCUUAUGUGGAAGUGGGCAAACGCCCGGAGGACAACAUCUUUCGGCUAGGGUCAUCAAACUUUGAAAAUGGCCGUGGAAAGAGUCCCUAUGACCCCAAACUGCUGACUGCUUCCAUGCUGAUCGAUGGGGAACUGUAUGCUGGGACAUCAGCGGACUUCAUGGGCCGGGACUUUGCCAUUUUCCGAACUUUAGGCAAGCACCAUCCAAUCAGAACAGAGCAGCACGACUCCAGAUGGCUCAACGAUCCUAGGUUUGUCAGCGUGCAUCUCAUCCCAGAGAGUGACAACCCUGAAGAUGACAAGAUCUAUCUGUUCUUUAGAGAGAACGCCAUUGAUGGGGAGCAAAUCAGCAAAGCCACACAUGCCAGAAUCGGACAGCUAUGCAAGAACGACUUUGGAGGCCACAGGAGUUUGGUGAACAAAUGGACCACCUUCCUAAAGGCUCGUUUAAUCUGUUCCGUUCCUGGCCUGAACGGCAUCGACACACACUUUGAUGAACUACAGGAUGUUUUUCUCAUGAGCUCCAAGGAUCCUAAAAACCCUAUUAUCUAUGCUGUAUUUACAACAUCCAGUAAUAUCUUUAAGGGCUCAGCGGUAUGCAUGUACAGUAUGGCAGAUAUCAGGAGGGUGUUUCUGGGCCCGUAUGCCCACCGAGAUGGACCCAACUACCAAUGGGUACCAUUUUUGGGUAGAGUUCCAUACCCAAGACCUGGCACGUGCCCCAGCAAAACGUUUGAUGGUUUUGAAUCAACAAAGGACUUUCCUGACGACGUUAUCACAUUUGCCAGAAGCCAUCCGGCCAUGUACAACCCAGUGUUCCCCAUCAACAACCGUCCAAUCAUAAUCAAAACUGAUGUUGACUACCAGUUCACUCAGAUAGUGGUGGACAGGGUAGAGGCAGAGGACGGCCAGUAUGAUGUCAUGUUUAUUGGCACUGACAUGGGCACAGUUCUAAAGGUGGUUUCAAUCCCUAGAGGAACAUGGCAUGACCUUGAGGAAGUCCUGUUGGAAGAGAUGACUGUGUUCAGAGAACCAACAGCCAUUACUGCCAUGGAGCUCUCCACAAAGCAGCAACAACUCUAUCUUGGAUCCACCAUUGGGGUUUCUCAGAUGCCACUGCAUCGCUGUGACGUGUACGGAAAGGCCUGCGCUGAGUGCUGUCUGGCACGUGAUCCUUACUGUGCCUGGGAUGGCUCACAAUGUUCCCGAUACUUCCCAACUGCUAAGAGGAGAACGAGGCGUCAGGAUAUCAGGAACGGAGACCCUCUGACACAAUGUUCAGAUCUGCAACAUCACGAUGAGGCAGAUGGCGAGAGAGGUUUGCUGGAUAAGAUGGUAUAUGGGGUUGAGAACAGCAGCUCUUUUCUGGAGUGCAGUCCUAAAUCCCAACGUGCCCUUAUUUACUGGCAGUUUCAGAGACAUGGAGAGGACCGCAAACAUGAGAUAAAGUCCGAUGAGCGGGUGUUGGGCACAGAACAGGGUCUGUUGAUCCGAACCCUCCAUCAGAAGGACUCUGGUGUGUAUUACUGCCACGCUGUCGAGCACGGCUUUAUCCAGACCCUCCUCCGCCUCACCCUCAACGUCAUUCCUGCAGAACACCUGGACGAUCUCCUGCACCGAGACACGCCCGACAGCAACGAUCCGGCCAGUGGCAAGAUGUGGUACCGCGACUUCUUGUCCCUCAUCAACCCGCCGAGCCCGAACAGCGUCGACCAGCUCUGCGAACAGGUUUGGAAGAGAGAACGGAAACAGCGCAGGCAGAAAGCCAAUCUGCUGCACUCCAGCCAAUCACACGCCAGCCAGCUCCUUCACUCCAGCCAAUCACAUGCCAGUAAGUGGAAGCUGCUACAGGAAAACAAGAAAGGACGCAACCGCAGGACCCACGAGAUGCAGCGAGCACCGCGCAGCGUGUGACCUGGACACCAAAUAAAAUCUGUUCCACAGACAUAACGCUGAGACUGAAAACAGGAAGGGCGGAAUUCCACUUCCUGUAGUGUGAGUGUGAGAGAGAUUUACUUGUGAACCAGAGCACAUCUUCAUUCACACCUACAGUACGUAUUGAGACUCGAACCCUGAGAGGACGUAAUGUGAUGCUAACAGAUACUGAAAUACCUGUAAAUAUGACAUAAAUACAAAAAUAUACUGUGAGACAGGUUUCGGUCUGUAUAAAAACCCUGUUUCAUUUUAUGAGGGACAAAACAUGGAUACUGAAAGACCACUGUUUAACCUCCAUUUAGCCGAAGCACAACCCCAGCGCAUUCUGGGUAAUGAACUUGUCAGUAAUAUUAUGUGUAUAGUGUGUUGACCUUAACAUAUACUGUAUAUCUUUGUAUCAGAACUGUAGGCCCUUCUGUUUAUGUACGUAUCCAUUAAUUAAGGUAUUGCUUCGUUAUGGUUUAUUCUUCUUUUCCCCCCUCUUUCCGUCUUCCUCCUUGUGUUUUCUAUUUUGAUCUGCUGCGAAAGCAAUGCCUCAGCAAAUCCAUUAAUGGAACUGUGUUGUUCCUCUGAAUAAGCUCUUCCUGACAAGAAAAAACAACAAAAAAAUCUUUUCUGCUAUUUUUUUAGAUUAAUAUUUAAUUUUGUACUGUGCCAGAGUAUAUCUAAAAUAUUACAUAAUAGUUUUAUUUUAUUAUUUGUUGUCCUCAUUGUAAACCACUGCAUUGUGAGGGUACACAAGUCCUCUUCACUAUGACUUUUCUCCUCAGUUAAGUUAUUUGUUGACACGAUUUAAUCUAUGUUCACAUUCACGUUUAUAAACCAUUGUGGUUCAGUAUGUGAAAUAUGGUGGCAUUUAUUAAGGAGUACUGCCAUUAUGAUCCUUUUUGAUAAGUUUGUUGCACAUAUUUGGGAAAUAUUGGUUUUCACUACAUUUACAAAAGACAAAUACAAAUAAUUUAUGAAAGACCAAUCCACACUACCACUAUGGAGACGCAGGGUACGUUUACACGACAACGAUAUGCUUAAAACAGAGAAGUUUUACCUUGUACAAGACGACACCAUUGUCAAAACGAUCCCCAUUCAUACGAAUCCGUGAAAAUGAAUAAAACGCUGUAUUCUGCUGGCAGGCCAUUAGAUGGCGAUGAAACACUAUAGACUGAACAUGUAAUGCGCAUGUGCACGACGUCAUCAUUUUCACAGAUUCGCGUUUUUGUUGUUUACACGGAGACCGUUUUCAGAAACUUUUACUUUGAAACCCGUUUUCAAAAGUUUGCGUUUUCAGGCCACCAAAACACCACUGGCGUGUAAAUGAACGGCCAAAACGCAUUUUUUCGUUUUUAGUUGAAAACGGUGUCAAGUAAAUAGUAUGGUCAGCUGAAGAAUAAUUCUGUUUAAUAGCAUAACUUCAUUAUCCUUUUUUAUUGAUGACCUUUGUAACUGCUAAAGAAGAAAUACAGGUUCUAGUGUUUAUAUUUUAUUAUUUUUUUUAUUUUUUAAAUCCGUCCUUUUUAUGUGACACUCAAGCUCAUAGUUGAAGUCAACAUAAAGUCACUAUGUCCCUUUUUGUUACUAUAAUGUGACAAUUUUGAUUAAAACAGAAUUUUUUUAUUUAUUUUUUUUUAUAAAUUUUAUUCCUAGGGAAUUAAUUGAAUUAUGAAAAGUAGGCAUUCUCUACUAUACAUUAUAUGGACUACAGAAUAUUUAUAUAUAAAUAUUCUGUAGUCCAUAAGAUAUUUCGAAGGAAAUAAACAUUUGUUUUGGUAAACUCUCAUCAAAACUUGCUCUAUCUUUGAGACGUUCAUCCAUGUGAUAAAAGCGGAGUAAGACUGAACUAGUGGGUGGCACCAUUGUUUCAAUCCGUCUCACUUUAGGAUGUUGCUAAUAAACUAUACGUAUGAAUUACAUUUUGUGUAUGUAUGUAUGCAUGUACAUGUAUAUAAAUAUUCUUUAAAAUGUAAUUAAUAGGGACUUUAUUUGAGACAUCUCUAAGGCAUACAUAUAUAUAGCCUAUAUGCCUUAGAGAUAGAGCAAGUUAUUACAUUUUGAUGAAAGAUUACGAAAACAAACUUUUUAUUUUUUGGGGAAUAAUUUAUGGUCUGAUUAAGAUUAAUUAAAUCUGAAGUAAAUAGGGUUGAUUUUGAUUUUAUGUUGACUUUAAAUAUGAAGGGCAAGGGAGGACAAAUUUACAACUGUUAUAUAAUAUACAGCGCCUGUCCCUCGGCUGAGGAAAGGACAGCUGCGUGACUAAAACUGCUAGGAUCAGAGACAGAACACAGCAUGGGACAAGGCUCUUUGACUCCUUGAGAAGUCCUACUUUCACCCCUCCCACUGAAUUAGUUUUAGCUAGACGAUUUUGCCCCAUUAUUGUUGCCAUGCACACACUCACACCUACAGCACACGUAUAUCUGAAUGUAGCUGUGAACAUACAGACUAUUAAUGAAAACAUGGUCCAAAAUAUAUGCCACUGUGUACAAACUGCAUGUGAAUUUACAGCACCACUCACUUCUAUACUCGUUUACAGUAGCUGUUCUUGUUAAUGAGUGAUUUGUCUGGCGUUGGAUUCCAGGUGGUGCUUAAAAUAUUCUGUUAUUCAUGACAGAUGGUGUUAUCAGCGGGCAUAACUUCUGCCUGAUAAACUCUCUCCCAUUGUAGCUAAAUAUAUAACCAACAGGAAACCGCUGUAAACUAAAGGAUUUCAAAUGCAACAAUUAAAAGUAUGAACUCGAAUGGUCUGCUCUGUUUGGAUGGACCUUGGGCAGAAAAGGACACCUGCCUUGCUUUAGACUUUCGCAGGGACUUUCCUGAACUGGAAAUGGGGGACAAAGACAUGAAAAUGCUGCUGUAAAUUAUUCAUUUCUGGCAUGCAUUCUGCUGUUCAAAUAAAUGUCUCUUCUAAAGAACCUGUUUUAGAGGGGUGGACCGCUGGA